UUCUGAAAUGUUAAGUGAAAAAAAAAGGCAAUUCAAUUGCAUCAUCAAUAUCACGUAACACGAAAGUCAGCCAUAAAGUGUGGAACGUACCUUCCUAUCAGUUGCAUGACGUUGCGAGCUGUUGCGAGCCAAUGUUACGUUUUGACCAGUUUUGAGUAGUGUUAUUCUUGAUGAUUGUAAUAGAAAACAGAUGAAUUGGCUUCUGGCCAGUAAAUUAUUGAGCGAGAAAUAUUCGAAGGUCGAUAAACUAAAAGACACAAUGCCAUGGAUUGCUGUUAUUUCAACAAAAAUGGGAGUCUUGCAAUUGAAAAAGAACUUCCAAAUGUCUCUAGUCCAGAGAUGUUCGAAAGUGAUAACGAAGAAAACAAGUCAACCAUUGAAACAGUAACAAAUGAACUAGUGACGGUAGUAGCUACUUCUGAGAAACCUUCUCAAGCUGACUUGAUUGCUAAAUCUGAUUAUAAUUUAUUAGCUAAAAUUAAUAAACUUUUAAGUGGUGUACCUCCACCACCUAAACUUACAAUAUGCAGAACUGACUGUACAGAAUUCCUAGCACGUAUUUACGAAAAUUAUCACCUAUUUUGGACACCUGGUGUAUUACCAGAGAAACAAUUGAACCAAGAUAUAAAUCAGGAAUCUCUGGGUCAUCAGAAAGAAAACAUUAGUACAAACAAACAAUGUGUCAAAAGCACAUCCAGAAAUUUGUCUAAUGAUUUUGAUGCUUGUGAUCCACAAUAUCCAAGUAAUGUUUGUAACAGUGCAGAAGAAGUAAAUGUUAAAAAUAACAGUGAUAAUUUAUCAAUAGAGGAAGCAGUACUUAGAAAUAAAGAUAAUGCAAUGACUAAUAAUAAACACACAACAAAAGUCUUGAGCAAUGAGCAGGUACAGGUAUCUAUAAGUGAAAAUAAAAUAAAGCAAGAGUCUUCUGCUUCUUUACAAGAUCAAUUGCUUCUUUAUCAUACUGUUGGUGAGAAAGAAACUGCUACUUUGGCAUGGCCUGAAGCAUAUCAUCAUAAAUUUCAUGGGAUACAUUACAACAGAAAUAGGGCAGUAGAAGAGUUUGAAAACCUUACACCAAAAUUAUGUGAAAGAUACAUAGGGGUAGAGACACAAUCUACUUGUACUAUAUGGUUUUCCAAGCAAGCACCAGGAAGCGCCAGAAAACGAAGUCUUUUAGCUAAACGCGACAAUGGUCAAAGCCCAGGAAAGAGAUUAAGUCAUUUGACGCGGAGACGAAGAACGUUUUCUAGUGCAAAUUUGCAAGGAUUAGCGCUCAACAAUAAGAAACUGCGAGUGUUAAGCAUUAAGAAGCCAAUUAUUAAGAAAGGCAAAAGUCCAAGAGGGAAGAGUCCGAGAGGAAAGAGUCCGCGAGGGAAAAGUCCGAGAGGAAAGAGUCCGCGGUGUAAAAGCCCAAGAGGAACCCCAAGAAGUUCGACAAAGAAAAGAGUAGCUCGUAGGCUUUGUUUAGAUGGGCCUAGCCCGUUAAAGGCCAAGAUAGAUACGUCAAAGCGUGCUCUCUUUCAAAGUCCUCCCGAUCGCGCUGGACCAAGCAAGUUGUUCACAUCUGGAUCGAAUCCUCAGAGCAUCAAACGCGCUCUAUUCACGCAAGUUUCAAAGGAGAAUGAUUACGAAGUAAUUCACAAGGUAGAGGAGUCGAGGAAAAGAAAGAACGAAGAGGAAUUAGAGGGCCCACGGUUCAAGUGGCCGAAGAGUUUGUCGUUCGAUUGUUCUCAUGAAUUGCACAAUAAUGUGGUAUCUACGUGGGACAGACACUCAUCUAGCAACAUAAUUACGAAGAAUAAACAAUCUUUAGCCGAAGGAAGAAACGAACUCAGCGACACGCAUAGGAAGAAAUUACUAUGGGCGGUGGCAGAGGCCUUGCGAAGUAAAGGAAUUGGCAUGACGCAUCCACAAUUCAAACAAUACGCUACAAACUUAGCAAGAACAAUAAAAAAAUACAUGCCCGACCUUGAGAAUAGGAAUAUUCCCCGCAAGCCAGGGAGCACAAGUGAUCGUAUGUUAAAACUAGCGACACAUCACGUUUUAUUUGUAAUCGAGGCAGGGCCAACAGACUGACAAUACUCAUUGCUGCUAAAAGAAAAAUUGACUCAACUUUGCGUAAGGUUCGUUAUUUAUCAACAAAACAUAAAGUGAUCGAACGCUGGCGUGUACGUACGUCAGGAUGCUAUCACGUACAAAUAGUGGAUUUUAUUUAACUGACUAUAGUGAGAUGUUUCUGAAAUGUAUUAUAACAAAUCGCGUACAACAAUGUCGUUGACGCGUAACGUGUGACUGUUAAGAACUAUUUGUGGAGUCGAUACUCCAAUUUCCGAUUAUAUUUUUAUUGCACAAAUAUAAACGAAAGGUUGUUUUAAAUAUGUCUAUUUUUUUAUUAGCGAUAAAAUAGUAUAUAUAUAUAUAUAUUUCACAACUUAUAAAUAAUUAAUAAAAGGUGCUUCUUUGAAACAAAAA